GGUAGGGUGUACUCGAGGCUUUUCCGCCCACCGGAAGUAUUCUAACUGGACCGUGUUGAAUGGUUGGGAGCCAUCAGCAAAUAGGCUACAUUCUCGUGGCUACAUCAUCAUAUCCAACGGUGUGGUUCGUCACAUCAAUCAAUGAAGUUCAUUUUCGAAAAUGGCCACAGCUGCAGCAUCGUAUCAACGGGGCACUAAGGAUUUGGGCAUGCUGUCCCGUUUCCGCAUUCUAAGCGAUUGUACGUGUAGGAUUGUCGUUCUCUUAGAUGGUUAGAGCUACGUGUUGCGCUUUGACUGUUGUUUUGUUUGUUCCGCUGUUCGAACAUGUGGCUGUCGUACUUUAUUCGUUUUGUGUGUGCUUUUCGAAAAGUUCGAAAAUGAACCAUCGCGCAGGCGAAUGAAUAUCACACAGCAGCGGCCAGCUUUUAGUUCAUCGGAUUGUUCAUCGUUGGGAAAUUAUUCAUUCAUUGCGUUCGUGCGUUUGUUCGGGUAAUGUGGGCGAUCGGGUGUCGUAAGCUUCUAGCUUCGUGUCGUUCCCGAAAGCUAGGGAGAAAAAAAGUCCUUCUCAUUUCUUUGCCAGAAUCCUGCCAGCCAGCCUGUCUCCGUGACAAAAGCAAACGAAUCCCGAAUCCCACAAUCGUGACCCGAACAGAUUUUCCACGCUUCCCGUCAUUCACCCGGUUGGUAAGGCACCGACUGUAACCAGCUGGCGGGACGGUAAGGAACGGUAGAAAACCCGACCAAAGUACAUGCCAACCCGUGAGAUCACCCGUCUAACGGCAACAAACACAUCCGUUCAGUAGUCAGUCGUCGGUUCGACCAGAAUCCGUUCGAACACGUUCUGCUCGCUCGCUGAAGUAUUCGUUCGCCUGUAAAGAAGGUUCGUCCUUUCGUACGCGUAGUUUUCAGUGACUCGAGGACCAAGUACGACGGGAACAGGAGAAAAGUAAUCCUUUUUCGCUAACCAUCCGAAUGGAUGCAUUGAGAAGUGUAACAAUGAGUUUGAAAUUGUGCGUAAAGUAGUGCGAUUGUGCGAUAUGAAUUUCGUAGUGUGCGCUAAAGGCAAGUGCGGUUUGCGGUGGUAUAAACAAACAAUUAGCGCACCUGUUACACCAUAGUGAGUAAAUGAAUAUCUGUGUCUGUGUUGUGAGAGUAUAUGAGAAAUUAUGUAGAGGAUUUCCGUGCGGUGAGCAAGUGAGCAAGUUCUUCCGAUAGUGUUUAUUUUUCGAUCUAGUUUCGUGCACAUGUUGUCACCAAACGCAGGAUAAAUUCGUUUAUUAUCUUGCAUAUGUGGUUCCAUAUAGCGCUGUCAGCAAAACUGUUCAUUUGGAAGAUAUUUUGAUGAGCAUACUAUGGAAUCCAAAGUGAGAAAUUGAUCUUUCUGCACCUUGUGCAUGAAGUGGCGACGAUUAGAAAUGGAGUCCGAAUGUGGUGGCAGUGGGCAGGGAGAAAUGGUAUACACCACACACCUGUGGUGAAGGAACUGAUGCAAACAUACAAACCAACAUCUAGCUUUAUCUAGCUUUUGUAGGAAGUCUAUCAUUGCGAACCAUAGGGGAGUUGAUCAUACGAGCUCCAUGUAACGCGUGACGAUACUCAACAGGCCAACAGUUACGUCACAAAAGCGCAACUUCAUUUUGUGCAUCAAAUAGCAACGGGAACUACUCAACAUAGAACACGCUGGUGCUGUAUUAUCUAGUUCCUGUGGCUUCAGGACAAAAAAAAACAGACAUAUAGAAUCAUCAAGAACAGACCAUCCAAUGCAAUGGAUUAAAAAGGGAAGCUGUUGGGGCGGACGACCGCAUUCCACCGUAGGAGAUGUUCCCAUGGGGUGGUCAAAUGAAAUUACGGCUCUGAAAUCAGUGUCUCGGCAGUACCGGCUGGCACCAGAGUCAUAACUAUUGUCGUAUCUCUAGACAACAGCCCUUCCAUCGUCCAUUGAGGAACUACUGCACAGUAAGAGAAAGCGGCAUCUAGCAAUUGCAAGCACCACGAUGGCAACGGUUGAGAACGACACGUCCCUCAACUGGAAUGGCGGUUGGGACUCGCCCGACUACUUCCGGCUUUUCGGUGAGAGUGUCUACAACGACACCGUGCUGGAUGUGCGGGUACCACCAGACACACCUGCACCAUCGGUGCACGUCCCGUCGGUGGCUACCGUGCUUACCAAUGUGACCGCCAAUGCCGCUACCAACGAUACCGACCAAUACUACGCCGAUGAUCCGGCUCCCUACAACGAUUCGCUCGAAUCACCCAUAGGCGAUGGGACCGAUUCGCGGGGAAGCAUUUUCGAACUGCUAGCCGAGGAUAUUGGGGCCAUUUUCUACAACGCCAACGGAACGUACGGGAACGAUACGGCGGGCUUGGCAGUCAACUGUUCCCUCACGAACACAACUUGCAUCGGACCAACGGAAGUGAAAGAGUAUCACUACUGGUGCCUGAUACUAGUGCUGUUCCCGAUUCUGACUCUGUUUGGAAAUGUGCUGGUGAUAUUGGCUGUUUGCCGCGAACGAACCUUACAGACAGUGACCAAUUAUUUUAUAGUGUCGUUGGCGAUAGCUGAUCUGCUAGUGGCCGUUGUCGUGAUGCCGUUCGCCGUAUACGUGUUGGUGAAUGGCGCAUGGACGUUGCCAAAUUUUGCUUGUGAUUUCUACAUAGCUAUGGAUGUGAUAUGCUCAACUUCGUCGAUAUUUAAUUUAGUUGCAAUAUCAAUAGACAGAUAUAUCGCGGUAACACAACCAAUCAAGUACGCGAAGCAUAAAAACAGCCGCCGGGUGUGUUUGACGAUCCUGCUCGUGUGGGCAAUAUCGGCUGCGAUCGGAUCGCCGAUAGUGCUGGGACUGAACAACACGCAAGACCGAUCGCCCGACCUCUGUGUGUUCUACAAUACCGAUUUUAUAGUGUACUCGUCCCUAACUAGCUUUUAUAUCCCGUGUAUCAUAAUGGUCUUUUUAUACUGGAAUAUUUUUAAGGCACUGCGAACGCGAGCGAAAAAGCAACGAGCCGCCCGGAAGCCGCACCUCUCGGAGAUCACUGCCGGGGGCAGCAUCAUCGAGAACAUUGCUCAAACAAAGCGCCUAGCGGAAACGCAACUAGACGGUAGUACGCGAAGCGGGUCCAAGAUCCUUCCGGAUGAGGAACGGCCCACCAACACAGCUUCCGGCUCCAACGAGGAGGACGAUGAGAAUGCCGGGUCCCCUGACAUUGACGACUGUCAUGUGAUUGUGAACGAUAAAUCAACUGAAUUUAUGUUGGCAACGGUCGUGGAGGAGGCGGGAAAUGUGGUGGCACAGAUUGCAACGACGCAACAGGUACCGUCCGAUCCGAACGGAAACCACGACUCUGGCUAUGCUCCAUCCAGCAUCGCCGACGCCCUGGCGGUGAAUGCAACCCCACCGGAAAGCCUCAACGUGGCCGCCACGGUGAUUGUAAAUAAAAGUGCAACCAUCCGGAGUCGGAACGGUUCACCGAGGAAGGAGGCAAGUGUUACCUUAAAACCCCUAUCGUUAGUUAGAUGCGGUGUCCAACAGGCCCUGUCACUCAAUCGGAACGAUUCCACCUUAUCAACGAACUCUCGGGAUAGUUCCAGGAAGGACAAAAAGAAUACCCAAGCAUCCAGAUUCACAAUCUACAAAGUAAAUAAAGCGUCGAAAAAGAAGCGGGAAAAAUCGUCAGCCAAGAAGGAACGGAAAGCGACCAAAACAUUAGCGAUAGUCUUAGGUGUAUUUCUUUUUUGCUGGGUGCCGUUCUUUACCUGUAACAUCAUGGACGCGAUGUGUGCGAAGCUUGACAAGGACUGCCGGCCGGGCGUCACGAUAUUCAACCUAACCACGUGGCUCGGUUACAUGAACAGUUUUGUCAAUCCCGUCAUCUACACAAUCUUCAACCCCGAGUUCCGGAAAGCUUUUAAAAAGAUCAUGCACAUCGAGUGAGUGGGACGCAUCGGACCGGGAGCCCGCGCUGGCGACCGGGACGAUGACGAGGCGGAACGCGGCAACGGCUGUACCGUGGCAGUGCCGGAACCAGUGCGACGUAACACCUCCCAGCGACGUAACGUCACCUGGAGCUAGCCCGAAGCCACCGUCGAGCGCAGAGAGCUGGGAAAUCGAUGUUCAAACGAACCCGACCCGGCCCGCGUCGACGGUGGGCAAAAGGUUGCGGGCAAGAGACAACUCUCUCCGGAACCUUCGACGAGCCGAUGUCAGGUGAGAGUUAAGAUAAACAAGAAACCAGCGAAAGGUCGGGGACCAUUUUAUUUAUUUGCCGCAAACCACCACCGUGCGGUAGAGAACUCUCCGGAAUUGGAUCGAAGUCCGGUUGUGGUGUAGUACGGACGAGAUUAUACGUGUUGUUCAAUGAAAUGGUUCCUACGGUUGGGCAAAUGGGUGCGCACCCUAGAGGAGGGAGCUAUAGAGAGCUAAACAAAUCUUGCAAAAGGUUCCGAAGAUUGUGGAACGUAGCUGCAGCAGCCAGCUGCUCCAGUUCUCAUCGUGCGAGUGGCAAACAUAUCGACAUCUCAACAUCUGUACUCACCACACCCGUGUGUGGUACAAUAAAUCCUUCAAUUUCAUCGUAUGAUCAACCGGAAGAAUGAAACUUCCACCCACACCACAGCUUUCUUGCAAUGGAAGACAUCUGCCCUGGUCGAAGCGUAUAAGCUUGGAUAGAAGUGGAUUGUUUUUUAGUUCCAUUUCAUCCGCACAAGUCGAUGCGUUUUCAUCCCUCCUCGUUGCGAAGCACCGUGGCAUCUCGUCUCGAUCGUUGUUCCUAGGAUCUCCAAAAACAAAUCAUCUGCACCCUGCAGCCGCAAGGAUAUACAUAUAUGAUGAAACUUUCUCAUGGAUAGCAAUUGCAUUGUACCGUUUGCAGCGCAUUCGUUCGUCAGCAGUAUACACUAGUAUAGGCAAGGAGUGCAAACGAGACCUUUGCUCAACGUGACGGCAGCUGCGUAGAGAAACGUUCGGUAGCGAACGCCUGUGCCAAAUACCAAUAGACCUUUGCCAGUUGCAGCAGUGUAGGUGAGGUAAUUUAAAGCAAAAGCCCGCAUCGAGCGGAACACCUACAGUUAUGCUAGCAAUGUAACAUUCUCGUCCAAAUGUGAAAAAAGCAACGACAAGAAUGUAUUGUAUCUAGUUCGGUGUGAAGUGCAUCCACAGGUAUGUCCGGACGCAACCGGAUAGCAUCACUAAUAGAAAUAGCUAACAAUCGAUGUAAAAAAGAAUAACUAUCAUCCGUGAGUUGAGUAAGAACACACACAGAAACAUACGCAUCAGAAAAUAGGGAAAAACUAACCAAAAAGCUCACAUGCAACCUUACACAGUGAGCCCUGGUUGCUGAAAUGCCGGUGUAAGUUAACGCCUCGUACACAUGUUUCUAUGUAGCUGUAAUGUAGUGAUUAGUGUCGACUGUUUUUUAGCGACCUGUUUUACUCCACAUUCGCUGCUUCUCCGAAACGAACGAACGAUCGCUUGUACAUAUCGGUUGCACACUGGUGGAGAGCUUUAUAACUUGCCGCUCAGAUCAUGUAAAAUAUGCAACAAAUCAACAAAUGAAACGACAACGAUAUAGCGCGCUCGUUAUUUUUUAUGUUCCAUUCUUAGCAAGAACUCAUUGUUUGAUCGGAGUAUGCAGCUGAACCAAUGCAAGAGGCAAGUAAAAGGUUAGUUCGUGUAGGUUUUUACAUCAUGGUUUGCAAAUCGUCCUGGUUCGACCGGCUGCGGCCACAACCGAACAUUCUCUUUCAAAAGUAAACUAAACAAACCAAAAUCAAACGCAAACCAAAGCAAAGUGAAAGACAAAAAAUUGAGAUUAGUGUUUAGGCGUGGCAAACGGAUCGUGCAUCGGACACCAUCGUUCGUCGUGUGUUAAGCUUGCACGUAGCUUGCAACAACGAACAUGGACCAGAUGCCGCUUGUCACAUAAUGUGUAAAUGCUAAGUAAGUUAAAUAAUACACGAAAAUCGCUCUCCCUUCUUAAGCUGUGAAUAAAGCGGAAAUCGGGAACUCUUUACCACUACAACUAGUGUAAGCAGUAAUAGCAGUUGAAACGGAUUACAAAAACAAAUAGCAGAUAAAGGAUAAAUUUAGUCAAACAGAAAACACUGCAUCAUAAAAGCCUUCCGCUAAAGGCACUGUUAACAUAAACCCUAUCCUGAUCAAAUAGUAAACAUGCAAGGGAAAUGUAUUUGAAGAGAAGUAUAUCCCAAAACGCACCCAAAACUACGCAGAUGAACAAACAAAUAUUGGAAAGGAAAUUUUAAGCUCAGUACAAAUUAUUUGAUAAAAUACUCAACAUGUUCAUGCUAACAUUUUACCGCAGCCCUAUCCGGUCGGGUGUGUCUACGGUGAGUACGGUGUGCAUGUAAUAAUCGAUGAAUGGAACUAUCCUUUAGCAUCUUGUCGAUAAACGUUAGUAAAAAGAAGCGGGAAAAAGCUGUUUUGUUUAGAAAAGGAAGUAGAAUGGUACAAGUUAAUGAAAUGUAAAUAAUGCUGUUAAACUUUCGGUUGAAGCCUGCGGAUAGAAUAAUGCAAGAGAAAGAAUGAAGCAACAUAGGCUUAUUCAUAUUUGUUUACGUUCCAUCUCGUUUUUCAUAGUUUAAUGAAAUGUUAUAAUUGAACACAUGUUUAAAGACUGUCCUAUUGGAAUCUGUAGCUUACUACGUAAUGGCUCAUGUAUAUCGAAGAGAACGGAACGAAGAGAAAGACAUUAUUUCAGCAAUAUCCAGCUAAUUUGCAGUUGCAUCCAGUUGCAUUAUUUCCCAUAAUACAGUUAAUUGCAUUUACCUUCCAUUUCAUCACUGUAGCUUGCGUGAAAGGCGAUUGAUUGAACAAGAUUUCUUUUAUGAUUGCAAAUUAAAAGCAAAGUGUAACAAAUAAUUUUAGGAAGAUCGUUAAAAAAAUGGGUACUUUUUAAUUCGCACUGAUAUUAUAUUGAUCAAAACAAAAUCCACAUUCCAUCAAACAGUACCUGUACGUCGAAAUUUUCCUCACCCUAAAUGCGCUACAAAAACCUUCGAAACCUUUUCAAUUAGCGGAUUUUUUUUAUUCUAGAUUUUCACGUAUUUCUCAGAGAAGCACAAAAAAAAAUGUUACCAAAAACGCUAACUUUUCAACAAACCAACCAACCACGGACCCGUGACAAACUCAUCCACUUCCGGGAAAAUGUUCGUGCCCGACAGCAAUGUACAAAAAUCAGCAUCCCGUUUACGGUCAAUCAGAUAUCCAAUCUGAAGGAUUUCAACCCUUAACCUUAUCGUGCAGUCCCAUCAAACCUGGGAAAGUUUUUGUUUAUUUUACGCUACACUGUUGAUAUUUCUUUUUUGCACCAAAAUUUCUGUUAUUCAAAACGUAAAAUAUUCCCCGUUUUCGUGUGCGUUUGUGUGUGUUUUAGGAUGAUUUUUCGAUCGGCGAGAUCGGUCGGUUGUUUGGUGGGCUUCUUUGAAUUGGUUGCGGUUGCUUUAUUCGGUCAAAUUAAUUUGUCAUCCUGUGGGCUCACCGGUGUCACAUUGAAGGUACAACAAAAUGCUAUACAAAAAACAAAAAAAAUAAAACACUCCCUUUCCUAUCUCGCGCUAAUCUGACCCUCUGGCAGGGAACGAACAUAAAAAAACACACAAACUUUUCCGUAUUCGUUGGGUGCGAUUGGAUCAGUAUCCAGAAGCGAUGAGCGACGCAGACGCAGUGUCCUAAUGUAAUGAAAAAUGAAAACGGAACAGAAAAAAAACUUUCAUUAAUUUGGCAAACCCGGCCACGACACGCUGCUUUCAGCCCUGCCGUGAAUUUUGACUUUUUCAGAAGGUUUCCGUUAAACAUUUCGGUCAUUUUUUGUUUUCGUUGAAGAAUCUGAUAUUUCAUUAUGACCGUUGCGAGCAUGCCCAGGGAUAGACGAUUGUCGCUUCACUUUCAGGUAAGGACAAUCUUAAGAAACGGUAGAAAGGAUACGUGCCAGCCUGGGGAAAGGAAACAAAUCCAAUGGAUGCUUUCUUCUGAGUGGAGUUUAGAGAAACUCUUUGCGAAGAUAUGGCUACCAGCAACUGACCGUGAAGAAGCUACAUAUACGCACACAAACACACAUAAAAACACCCACACAAACUUUCAGGGAGGGAUUUUAAUUUCUGAACGCAUUAAUCACCUGUCAACGUCCAAUGUCCGGUGUCCGGUUCCAUGCUGCAAAGCAGUUACUUUCGAAUGGGUGACUUGAUUUUUUGUUCUUCUACUUUUAUACUUGUCCCCAUUCGUUUUGUCUCAUUCACCCAAAUAUUGUUACCAGUUUUAGGUGUGUUUUGAAUGGUUUUUGGUCCGUACGCAAGAUAACAAACUUACAAAAAAGAAUGUAUCUCACGAAAGAACGUGUCCAAAUGGAUGAGGAAUUGUAAGUAAGAAAGCGAACAGCGAACAAAAAAUGUGACAACCUUUGUCAGCGUUACAGAGUGUUAAGAUUCGUGCUUUUCUACGACGAAAAACACCCACCCAAAACAGCAACAAAAAAAACAUUCACACACAGACACACUAGCACACAAUCAAAAUCUGGAUAUCGGGAAGAUUCCACGCCAGUAAAGUUUUUAUUGUCAAUAGCCCCGGUGCGGACAACGUUUCAAAUUUAUAUUCUCUCCGUUAGGCUGUUGGGUUUUUUUUUGUCUGCUUUCCUUCCUUUUUACAGUGAGAAAUGGUUGAUCUUUUCCUUACACCGCUUUUCCAGUCCAUCUGUUGGUGGUACGAAAAAUCCGGCUAUAGCUUUUACUUUCGGUCACGUAAAACGCAUUACUUCAAUGUUCUGUUUUCCGUGGGUUCCAUAAAAAACAACAACUUUUUAAUGCUAUUUUCGGUCAAAGCACAAACCAAGAAAAACACCAAGGAAAAGCUCAGAAAAAUGUAGCUCUACUACAGCAAAUGUCAAAAUGAUACACAACAGGAAAAUAUAUUUCUUUGCCUUUAUUUCGUGCUUCAAAAUGAAAGGUUCACUGUGCUUGUUUAAGAGUAGAUAGCAAAACUUUCUGUUGGUGAACAAAUAAGUUGGUGAAAAUAAGAAUUGAAACACGUAAAGUAACAUGUUUUACCUUGAAACAUAUAAAAAAC